AUGGGUAUAGUUAAGGAGAAGCAGGGCCAAUCCGUCUCGUCAUUCGGAGCAGUUCUUGUCAAUGCUUUUAUUGACAGUGAACCUUGGAUGCAAAGCGAGGAUCAUAGUCUUGGCAUUAAGUUGGUAGCCAAGCCUUCCAAAAUCAAACUCAAGGAUAUUGGACCAGAUUACAGGCGCGUCCGAUCAUGGUCUGAAACCUAA